AUGGUCCGGGACGCGGCAAUUCACAGACGCGCGGUAGUGGAGCAGCCCCAGAUCCCUGUGCCGGUCCCAACUGGUCCGAGAGCCGAGAAGAGCUUCAUCAUGGUGUCGUCGCGUGACGCUGAAAUCUAUCCAUUGGUGUUCUGUGUGUCGGUUGGCUUCGCUAUUGGCGCUUUCAGUCUCGUUCGUCACCUGCUGCUUAAUCCUGACGUCAACUUGAGUCGUGAACGUCGCGAAACGCCAGCGUGGGAGCGCUACCAACCCGAGGACGGAGAAUCUUUCUCGAGGAACCGUCACCACCUCGCCAAUCUCAAGCCGAACCCGGUCAACACAUUCCCAGGAGCUCUCACGCUUCAAGAAAGAACCGAUGAACCCUUUUCCAAGCAUCUGUAAGGAACUGGCAGACGGAAGACAAGUCGAAGAACCCUUUCUUUUAUUUGGAAGCGUGGUGCUUGAUGUAUUCUUGAUAAAAAAAAUUAAGGAAAAACGCUUUUUGCAAUAUUUCAGGU